UUGAAAAUUUGACAGGAGAAACUGAGCCUGCAGUAAAUGUUAUGGUACAGCGGUCAAAAUUAAAAUGAUAUGCGUCGAAGUCAUUACGCAGCAACAAACAUGGCGGCAAAGUCUGAAAAGCCAUGUGAGUUGACACUCGAUUUACAACCAAUUUCUCCCGAUGAAGACAGCUCAGGAAGCUGUGAAAGGUAAAUUUGCAAAAGAAAUGUUAUAUUUCUAUGGUUUUUCUGUAUUCUUAUCUUCCCAUUCGAUUUCUGAUAGUAUUAAUGAAGCGCCACCUCAGACUCCCAGUUCUCCUUCGAAAGCCAAACCCGAUAAUGUUGUAUUCCGUCAGUCAAACAGGACUAUUUAUACCGCAGGUAAGUUUUGAAUUUUUCUUUACGCGAUACUCGAUCAACCAAUCCAGAAAUAAAGGAAACUUAAACGCCAUUUUGGCAGCUGUUGAGAAAAGCUAUGGCGAGCUGGUUCGUAACGCCAUCGAUCUGCCCAAUCCGAUCCAAUGUGCUCACUGUAAAUCUAACGAGUGGUUCCUUUUGACUCCUACCGCUUUCUGUUAAUGCUUAUUUAUAUUUUGUUUAACGUUACUUGUUUGCUUACGAAAGUUUUCAAUCUAAACUCCAAAGAGCAACUUGUACUUACCUUAAAACCUCUUAGACGAUCAACGAAAGUUUGGAGAUCUUGCAUACUGUUGUUAGUAUUAGUAGCUACUGCAAACGCUUUUCUCGUGUGCGUACACGGUUAAUUUAUUGCAAAUACCCUAAAUUAAUUCAUAUUAUGUAAAGGUAUUUUAGGUUUUAUCUUUCUUUUGUCUUGAGUCGUGUGAAUGUCAUGUGCUACAGAUUAGAUUUUGUCAUAUGCUUGAAAAUGUUCAGAGCCAUAAAUAAGUCUUAAUCAACCAUGUGUCAUCCACAAACACCUUGCAAUAAUUUAACUUGAAUUAUGGUAUCAAUAGGCAGAUGUUACUUGGGUGUUCGUAAAGGAUCAGAGAUUAGAGAAUUUUCUGAGCUCUGUGCGAAAUUCCUGGGCUUAAUUUCCAUGUUCUGAGUUAUUCCUUAUUCACACCUGGUUACUUUCUUAGUGUUGAUUCACAGAACUCUUUUGUUACUAGAUAUCUUAAUCCUUUACACUCUAGCAUUAUAUUUUUUAUGGCACUGACAAGGAGAAUUUGUGCGACAACCAGGAGCUUCCUAAAUUUGUGAUCUUUAUUUAUUUCCUUUAUUCUUAUGACCUUAAUGUUUUGAUUGAAGGAUGGUACUGAAGGGAGAAAUUCAAAGCCAGUCACUCUUAGGGAACCAUGUGUUAUACUCCAUAAGCAUAUGAUCCCCUUGCCUCAGAUGUGAAGCUCGCAGAUGUUGUGAGUCCUAGCAUACCAUAGCCUGUGAUCAUCAUCAUUAUACCAUCAGUGUACCUGUAUAUAGAUCAUUUGUCAGACUUUAAGCUCACCCUAAAAGUUCUUUUCUAAUGUGCUGUAUUUCAUACUAGCGGCCAAUGUUGCACCUCAUGCUGUGACCAUUUUAUUUGCAAGGGCAAGUGGAAGCAGAAGUUUUUUGAGUCUAAGUCUAAUUUCACAAACUUUGUUUGGCAGUUGUAUAAGAAAGGGUAAUCUUUUUAUUACCUUAUAACUAUGGUCUAAAGUUAAAGUUACUUCAAUAUAUACAUGGAGUUUUACUGAUGCUUUUUCAAUUUAUUUUCAUCUCCUAAAAAUAGCAAAUGAAAUUUUCAAUAGUGUUGCCAACAGUAUUAAAGUACAUCUUGUAAUAUUGAACAAAGUGUCCUCCUCUCGUUUUCCCUAGUGACAAAAAUGUUAUUUUUGGCUAUUGCUUAUUGAUUUAAGUUUACUCAAAAGUGAAUAUUUAAGCCCAGUGUCCUGUUAUGCCUUUGUAUACUUUGACUGGUAAGAAUUAUAUCGCACAAGCCAAAUAAAGGAUAACUGGGGGAAUUUUGCAAAGAUAGAUAAUUUUACAUGGUUUAUUACAGUACUCCAUGUAAUUACAUUACUCUCAGUACUAUGUGAGCAUUUCCAUUGAAUAAGGCCUUAAACAUGCUUUCUCUUAACUCACUUCAUUAUACUUUGAUAUUUGAAUUAUUAUAUGAUAUUUUGUCAAGCAUAAAAUAGCUGUUAAUUUUAUCUUGGGUUAGAGUAAUGAAUGCUGAAAGAUGAUACAACUGUGUAACAUAUACUAUCUAUUUUUGGCAUAACAAAAUGAUCUGUUUAUUUUAAGAAGUGUCAAAUUCUUGGCAAACUACCGGUAGCAUUAGAUUUUAGGUAUGAGUAGCUUCUUCCCUUUGAAAGCUCAAUGAGAUUUCUUCGUCAAAUUUGUGAUUUCAAGCUUAACUCAUGGGUUACCUCUGAAGAUUAUCCUAGUUUGAUGGAAGUUUUUGAUACAGACAGCUGUUAUAAACAAAUAUUUCCCCUUUUGCAUGACAAUUACCAGCUGUUCAAAUUUAGCACUGAGUAAUUAAGCUCAUUAGCUACUUUACCCUCAUACAUAUUAUUCAGAGUGACUCAGAUAAAUUUGCAUUAAAUUUGAACAAACAUAUAGUUUUUGAGACACUCCCCUGGUAUUGGGUGAUGAACCUCUUUCCCGUCAAAUUUUUGAUUUUAUAUAGAAAGUUAAAAAAUGAUUAAAGUCAUAAGUCAUUGAUGGAUGGAUUCCAAUAAGGUUUCAACUAGCAACAAAAUCUUAGAUCUAUAGGCUCAACAUCCAAAUAAUUGCUCAAUGAAUAUUGUGGGAGAUGUAGCUACCUAUUAGUCAAUGCACAAGACUCCAGAUUGAGAGGUUCAUGUUUGAGAUCUGGCUGGGUCAUUGUGUUAUACUCUUGGUCAAGACACUUCACAUGCACAGUACCUCUCUCCACCCUGCUAGAAAACUGCCAGGGAAGCCCUACAAAAUUCAGGGAGGUAACCUGCAAUAGAUUGACAUCUCCACCUGGGAAGGGGCAAAACUUCUAGUCACUUUAUGCUACAGAAGCCAGGCUCCAGCUGGAUGGCCACUGGGCCCAAGCCAAAUGUUUUGCAGAACAUAAUGAUUGUAUUGCAACUCUGAAAGAAAAAAAGAAAACAAAAACAACAACAAAAAAAAUAGGCCAACAAGAACAAUUACCAACUGUACAUAGCUUAAAAAAAAAACAAAGCAAAAAAGAAAUGAUUGAAAAACAAAACAGGAAACAAAAUGAAUGGGUUAAAAGGGAACAAAAAAUGUUGCAUCUUACCUGAUUUUCCAAAGCCUACCUUCAGGUUUUGAGUAAGGGUGCUAAACUUAGAGAAAGAUGUUUUCUGUCUUGUCAUGAGUGUGGGACAAGGAAACAAUUCUGGAGUCUGUAUGAAGAAUCAAACCUCAGACCUUCAGAUUAUGCACUCCAAUGCUGUACCACUGAGCCACAGAGACUGUACAGUGAGCUAGGCCAUUACGAAGUUCAAAUAUGAACUUUGGGUGGUAACCUUAUUGCUAUCUUGUUUGUAAGAUGAUUUGGCAUGUGAGCAAAAGUGUUGAAUGGAAAACAAAAAAUUAAGGGAUGAAAAAUGUGCAUCUGUUAUCUUAUUUUCCCUUAGGUCGCCCUCCAUGGUACAAUCUCCAAGGACAGCUUAAAGAACCAUUUGUCAUAGGUAAAGUUGUUGCAGUUGUAAAUUUUAUGUUGCAGAAAUUUCUUCAACCUCAUCCUCAUACACUUGUCUUGGACAAAAGCAUGAGAAAGAAACUUGCAAAAUUUUACAUCAAAAUUGUGGAUAUUGGGGUAAACAAAUGGACAAAGUACAUGCAUUUGAAUUUCAAUCUGAAAGGAAGCCAGGCUUACAAAAAUGCUUAACCCUCUAACUCCCAAGAUCUGAUCGUUAAUUCUUCCCUCCAGUUGCUACACAUUUCCUUCAGUUGUGAAUUAGUUCUGAGAAGUUGGUGUUGUAUUAAGACAACAACUCCAACCUGAUAACUUUUAGAAUUCUCAUUACCCUUUUGUGGCAUAAUGUAUAGAUAUGAUAAGGAGAAGGUACAUGUUAAUCACUUCUUGGAGUUGAAGGGUUAAGAUAGAGAAUAGCUAGUUUACUGUAAUUGUAACUAACUUUGAUAUGAUUGGCAGAUCUCUGUCAAAGUUAUAUUACUGGUGGCUGUUCAAUGAUAUAGCCAUAGGCAUCCUUUCUGCUCAAUGCUACAUUUUUGUAAAUUUGACCAUAGCAAUCUUGAAUAUCAGGUUUGUGUGGUGGUAGUGCUUCGGGAAAAACCACUGUUGCCAACAAGAUCAUUGAACAACUUGGAGUUCCAUGGGUCAGCAUGCUUUCACUUGAUUCCUUCUAUAAGGUGAGCUGUAAGUAAGGAUUGCAAAAUUGGUAGAACACAGAGGUUGCAUCAGAUUCAUAGUAAAUUUUCAGUAUGGAGGGUGUUUCAAAUCUAAAACCUUUUAUAGAAGUAGCUGGGGAACUUUUUGAAGUAUUUCUGUGUCAUUAAUUAUGCCUAAAAGUAUCAAGAAUUGUUGGCUGAGAUAGAUUUACUAAAUUGUUGCAGGUGCUGACUCCAGAACAACAUAAGGCAGCACUAAGGAACGAGUACAACUUUGAUCAUCCAGGUAAGGUUGAUGAAGGAAGGAUUGUGUUAUGGUCAUACCCAAAUGAGUACAUUCUUCAAAGUUUUCUUCAGCAGGUUGGUCAGGUUGAAAGGUCUGGGUGUCAGCUGGGUCAUUGUGUCAUCUUCCAGUGCAAGUUGCUUUACUUUCAUGGUACCUUUUUUCUUUAGGAAAUUGUCAGAAUGGAUUCCUGGGUGUUUACCUUUUAUGAAACUAAUGUAGAAAAUUGAGGAUUAGAAGUAGUACUCCACUUCAUGUAAUUGUAACUGGGAUAUUAGCUCUGGCAGUAAUAAGUCAGCAGCUUACAAGAGAGCAGCAAGGUUCAGGAAAUGCAUGCAUGCAGAACUGCAGAAUGAAUCUUGUCAAAAGCAAUGCAACCCUACCUCUUUAUUGGGCUGCUUUGGUGUGUGAUCAAGAAUUGUUAUGAGUUUUGGUUUUCUUAAAUUAUGUUUGCAUUACAGAACUGUUAGUUGAGUAUUUUUUAGUCGUAUUUUUGUGUACCUUAAGAUUCAUUUGAUGCUGAUCUGGCUGCAAGUGUCUUAAAGAAGUUGAAAGAAGGAAAGAGUGUUCAGGUACAUGUACAUGUAUGUUGGUUGACAUGUGAAAUACUGUUAACAGUUACAAUUACUGAGUUUGUAAAUUGCUCUUGUAACAUGUAUUUGCGAUUACAUUGCAUAUACUGCAUGCACUUAACACACAUAUAUUUUUGCAAUUUAUCAACCUGGUACUGAAUUUUUUUAAAGCAGUUUUGCUUUUGUGAGGGAAAGAUGUAAGGUCAAAGAGCUUGGUGGCUAGUCAGCCAAGCCUUACACUUAAAUUUCUGUUCCAACUUGUUUUCAGGGAAGUUACAUCAGUUAGUCCAUUGAUCACUUAUUGUUUAAUGCAUGUCAAGGCAUCAUUCCCUGAGAUAGUACAUGGAAAUUUUGCUUCAAGCAUUUUCUAACCUUUCCCAUUUAGGUGCCCAUUUAUGACUUCAAAACUCAUGGCAGACAGGAACAGAUGGUAUGGUGCCUAUACCUCAAUAUUUCUUAGUAUUUAAACCCUUUACAUGCUGAAAUUAGUAUCUAUAUUCUCCUUACUCCUCUCUAUAUAUUUACUUUUGUACUGACAAGGAGAAUUUGGUUAUUGAUCAAAACUGCUUAGGUUUUGUGAUCAGUUCUUUUCUCAGGAUCUCAAUGAAUGAUUUAGUGAUAUUACUUUAAGGUGAAAUUAUAUGCUGGUCAUUCUUAGGGCUUAGAGGGUAAAGCAUAAAUUCACUUAUCAUUUGACACAUUUUCUUUCUUUUUCUUUGGCUAAAAGCCCAUCAAAUAACUGCUUGCAAAUAUGAUUGCUUGUGCUCAACAAGGUCUGACCAGGGUUUUCUUCAAAUAAUGUUGUGCCAAUGUCUACUGUGUCUAAGGUGUUCUGUGGGAAGUAAAACAUUGCUUCCCUGAGCUUUGAAAGAGAAAUUGGUAAAGAUAAUUAAAAAAAAAAAAAAAGCACCUGGCUUUUGCCAAGUAUCAAGAUUACCGGUAGUCACUGUCAAUGAUUUGCCUCAGAUUGGAUUUAGGAAAUAAUUAUUCUGCUUAUCACUAACAGGAACUGUUCAAUAAUUUUUAAUGUUCCUUAUAUACAUGUAGAAUAACUUUUAAGUUUUAAUGCCAGUGUAUGUUAGUGUAUUUUUGCUAUAAUGAGUUGGGGAAGAUGUUCAUUAACUUAACCCUUGGGCCCUGUCGAGUGACUUUCACCCCUGAAUCAAACAUUAAGGUCACAAGAACAAGGGAAUUGAUCACAAACUAAAGAAGCUCUUGUUUAUUAAACAAAUUCUCCUCAUCAGCAGCUUAUGAAAGGUACUGAGAACUGUAUGGAGAAUAUGCAUACUGAUAUUAGAGUGUAAAAGGGAAAAGUAAAGAUACUUCUCUCGAUGUAACAUACCAUGGAAAAAUGAGUCUCUUACACAAUGUUGUUUCAUUUCACCUUUUCUUGCAGACUAAUAUAUAUGGUGCAAAUGUCAUCAUCUUUGAAGGAAUCAUGGCCUUUGCAUAUAAGGAUUUGCGAGAUGUAAGCCAUAAAGCUCACUUACCCUACCUUAAAUGUGAAAACAUCACUUUGGUUUUGGUUUAGAAUAUCAUACUUGUGUUCUUGAAUGUUUAACUCUUUUUAGUUGAUGGAUAUGAAGGUUUUUGUUGAUGCUGAUCCUGACGUUCGCUUGGCAAGACGGUAAGUUAAGACUUUUCCAGUUAUUUGUUAAAAAAAAAAAAGUUGAAUCAAUAAUAAGACUGAGUGGAGUCCAUUUCGGUCUGUAAUUAUAGUGAUUACCAAAAUCAUAGUGAUUAACAGGCGACUGUGAAGGGGGAGUCUGAUUUGUUAAUCAAUCAGUACGAUAGGAAUUGUAAAGAGAGCAGCAUGGAGAUUAUGAAUACUAAUGCUAGAAUGUGUAGGGUUAACGCAUCAAGUUGAAGGGAAAAAAAAGAGGAAAAAAAUUGUUUGCUUAAUAUAUACUUUCUAAAUAAUUUUUCAAACAUGUCCAAUUCUCCAGGCUGAAAAGAGACAUCUCUGAACGAGAAAGGGACCUUGUUGGUGUCUUGCAGCUAUACAACACUUUUGUGAAACCUGUAUGUACCUGUAUUUGGCAGACUACAGUAUUCCAACAUUUAAUCUGAACUUCCUUUAGGAGUAAUUAAGAAUGUAUAUGUAUUGUUUACAUGUAGAAGUAAUUCAGUGCAGUUCUUCAGAGGCAUCUUUGUUAAUGGCUAAGGGCCCUGAGCCAUGAGCCAUGAACCUUUUGAUAUGCAGUUGCUAGAGUCUUGUAACAUGUUCCCACAACUUUUUCAAAUAUGAAGAAAGCAAAGCUUCUCUGUCCAUUCAGGGUUAUUUCUCAAUCCCUUCAGGAUGAUUUCUUAGUCCCUUCAGGAUGAUAUCUGCUGCAUUUAAGUUUCUCUCCCCUAAGCAUUUGAAUCUGUGAUUGAGCAGCCCAACUCCAUCAUUUUUUUAGUGUGCCCCUCACAGUCUGCCAGUUACUUUUUUUGCUCUUUUGAAGAGUGAGAUUUUGUUGAAUUUGUUGACUUUUCUGCAGAAUCUAAAAAAGUGCUUAUUGUUUGUCACCUUCCUUCAUUUUCAUAUAUUUUGUAUCAUUCCUUAUUCAGGCCUUUGAUCAAUACAUAGCACCAACAGUUGUUUAUGCAGACAUUGUUGUCCCAAGAGGUGUGUAUGUUUUAUGAGAAAUUUUCUUUGAAUUUGCCAUCAUGAAAGUCCUCUUGAUAGUUUUCUUAAGACAUUUUCAUCAAGCAGAAUAAAUUUUAAACAAUAGUUUUUCAAACAAAAAGCAGUUACUUUUCCUUUAAACCCUUGCUGCCUAAGCAUAUAAUUCCUUCUUACAAUAUCACCCCUUAAUUACACAUCAAGAUCACGAAAAUAAAGGAAAUGAUCACUAACUGUAGAAGCUGUUGAUUGUUAAACAAAUUCUCCUUGUCAGCACUUUAGGAAAUGUGUAGAGAACAGUAUGGAGAAUAUGCAUACCGAUGUUAGGGUGUAGAGGGUCAAGAUGUAUUAAAAAUUUUUCUUUCAAUUUCUAGGUGGUGAAAAUAAUGUUGCAAUUGAUCUGAUUGUGCGCCAUGUUAGAACACAGCUGGAACAGGUUAAAUUUGGCUUUCUGGUUUAUUUUGAUUUUCACCUAAGACUCAUGCUAAAUUCUAUUUAGAAAAAUCAUUAAUUUUUGUUAUCUCUUUAUUGUUUUGCAUUUCUCUUCAGAGAGGAUUUAAUUUCAGGUAUGCAGUAAGUUUGACACUGUUGUUGAAAACAUGACCAUUUGUUAGUUUUUACAUUAGCUUUGACAAAGUGUCUUUAUUUACAUUAUCAACUCAGUUAAUAAUAAUAACUACUACAGCAGCCUCACAGUUUCUUUCAAAAACCUACCCACUAAACAUGAGAUGGCUGAUUGAUUUCUCUUUAGGAAACUACUAAACCUUUAACUCCCAGAUCAAAUUUGUAAUUCUCCUUACUGUCAACCAUGCUAUUCUUGCAAUGUUGGUUCAGAGAAUUUAGUAUUGGAUCAACUAAUUAUCCCCAAAUUGACAUUUUUCUUUAUUCUCAUCACUUAUCUGGUUGAUAUUGUAAGGAGAAAUUUUGUCUUGGUCACUCAUGGGAGUUAAAAGGUUUAGAAAUAGCUCACUCAGUCUUUGGAACUGCUCAUAGGGAAUACUUUAAAUCAAAAGCUCUGCUACAAAAAGGAUGACAAAGUACAUUUUGGGCCUUAAUGUCAUGAAUUGCACACUUUUUUGUUUAAAUCUUUUCAUUAAGUUUCUUUUUAACUGACAUGUUAUACCUCUGUUAUGUACUCUGAUGAUUUACAGAGCACAGCUUCGGUCGUUCCAUCAAGGACAGCCACUACCUAGUUCACUGAGUAUUUUAGAAAGUACUCCACAAGUCAGAGGAUUACAUGCAAUUAUUAGGUUAGUAUUGUGGAUUUUUUGGUCUUCAGUGAUAACACAGCAACACAAGACAACUGGUCAAGUCACUAAACUUUUACAGUAACUGAUAACUCUUUAAUAGCUAAGAAUGAAACUAAACAAAAUUGACUUUUAGAAUUGCUUAUAGAAGAGCACUUUAAAGUUUAUUUUUUAAAAUUCUGAUAACUGAUAACAGUAACUGAUAACUCUUUAAUAGCUAAGAAUGAAACUAAACAAAAUUGACUUUUAGAAUUGCUUAUAGAAGGGCACUUUAAAGUUUAUUUUUUAAAAUUCUGAUAACUCCGAACUAGUUGUGAAGCAAGCAGUAGAGUUAAAAAAAAACAAACUUCAACCUGCAAGUCACAAAGAGACCUAAUAACAGAGUUUUGUGGAAGCAGAGAGUCGAUACAUUCAUUUGAAUAAAUUAGCUUGCGAGCACAUUUCUUGAAUAUCUUAAUGGUAAUUUUUUUUUUUUCAGGAAUGAGGAGGCCAGUCGAGAUGACUUUGUCUUUUAUUCCAAGAGGCUGAUGAGAAUUCUUAUUGAACAUGCACUUUCACUCUUACCAUUCAAAGUAAGUAGAUUUCCUUCAUCUUGUCACGAGUGUGAGACAAAGAGGAAUCCUGAGUUCCACCAGAAAUUAAAACCCAACUCAACUCAGAACUCAAUGGUGAGCUAAGCUAUCAUUACGUUCGGUGAAUUAGUAUGUGGAACAUUUUUGCUGUCUUGAGGUGUUAAGCUUUGAUGCUGUUACCUUAAUUUGGUGCAUUUUUACUGAGCAUGCUUGAUUCUGUAGGGCAAACAAAUUAACCCAAUCAGGCUUUUCUGUCAGUUGUGAGUAAACAAAUCUUUAUGUCAUGUAUUUGCAAACUUCCCCAAUUUGUAAGAGUUUCUUCUAUUCAGAAAAACAAAAUCAGUCUAAACCUUCAACAGUAUGUACUGUAGAUGGUUAGUGUAUAUUUAAUUUAGCAUGAACUCCUUGUGAUGUCAGUUGUGAUAUACUUGUGUUUUUUUUUUCGUUUAGAAACAUGUGGUGACAACAAUGGAGGGCAAAAUUUAUGAAGGAAGAAAAUUUGCAGGGAAAAGGGUAAAUGAGACAAAAUCUUUUGCUCUUUUAUGAUGCAAUGCAAGUUUCAUUGUCGUUUAUAGUAGGACUUGCUAAAUACAAAACCUCUCAGCACCAGAACAGGUGCUAACUUGGGAGAAGUGGUCAUGGUCAAAGGCUUUUAACCCUUUAUCUCCCAAAAUUUGCCUGUAUCCAUUUAUCCCCCUGGGUGCAGAGAGGCACUGUGAGUAAAGUGUCUUGACCAAGAAAACAACACAUUGACCUAGGCAGGUUUCAAACCCAGACCUCUCAACCCAGUUUCCAAAGCACUGACCAGAAGGCUAUUGCAUCUGGGGUGAGUAAAAAUUUACCACCUGAGCAUAGUGGCCUAUCCAGCCUAGCUUAUCCUGGUCUCUGUUGCAUGGUUUAAAAGGUUUGCCACUCCUCUUGGAUGAGAUGCCAGUGUAUCACAGGUUGCUUCCCUGAUACUUCACCAGUACCCAUUUGUACUCUUGGGUGGGGAGAUGCAUUGCGAGAGGAAAGCGUUCUACCCCAAAACACAACAAAAUGACCUGGCCAGGUCUCCAACUUGUACCUCUCACCUGAGAGGCAGGGUGACCAUUAGGCCUCUGCUUGUGCCCCAGAGUGAGGGAAGACCUUGAUUUACUGAACAAACUGUUGUCAUGCUUCUUUGUAGCUGUGUGGUGUAUCAAUACUGAGGGCGGGUGAAACCAUGGAGCCAGCUCUAGAGUCUUUGUGCAAAGAUGUCAGAAUAGGAAAGAUUCUCAUUCAGACCAAUGAAAUAACAUCAGAACCUGAGGUGAGGCCGCUAGGUAACACAAACAUUGAAUUUCCUCUCACUGUAUCUCCAUGAUUUGUCCAUCUUUGAGUCAUUUAAAAUUUUUCAGUUGUUCACUGGCAAUUAGUGUCAGUCCUCUCUUUCUAUAACCAAUGUGGUUCUAUUUGUUUUUUUGCCUACCUUUUUGCUGGUUGUAUACCCAUUGAAAUGAUUAUUUUAAGGUUUCACUUUGUUUUAACCUUUAGCCCCUUAGAGUGAUUAGCACCCAAUUUCUCCUUACAAUAUCACCCCUGAAUAAACAUUAGGUUAUGAGAAUAAAGGAAAUUAUCAUCAGCUUAAGAAGCUCUUGAUUUGUAAACAAAUUCUCUUUGACAGCACUUAAAGAAUGUAGAGAAUGUAUAGUUAGCAGUAUGGAGAUUAUUCAUACACUUAGGGUGAAAAGAGACGGUCCAAGGGAUCAUUUAGUUGUUUUGCAAUCUGUACAAGUUAGCCUUUUCCCAGGCUAAAUGCUCUUUGAUUGAGUUUCAGAGCGCGCAUUUGGAUUGAGUGUUAUAAAACCAAAACCAAACGAAUUACAACAGCCAGUCAUUAACUCUUGAUUGUAACACGAUUGAGACACCAUUUUUUCACUUUAUUUUAACACGAGUCUCUUUUUUCUUUUUUCGUUUUUCAAGCUUCAUUAUCAUCGUCUUCCAAAGGGCAUUAGUGAAGAUCAUGUAAUACUUAUGGACGCUACUGUGGCAACUGGUGCAGCAGGUUGGUGAAUUUUCAGUUGCAUAUCAUUUGUUGCGUACAUUUAGUGUGAUAUUGAGUGACAAAUCAGUCACAGGCCAGAGGAUUUCUGGCAGAGUUAACCCUUUAUCUCCUGGAAGUGAUUGAAAUGUAACCUCUCCCUAUAAUAUCCAUUCAUUGUCCAGUAAACAGGUAAUGAGAAAACUCAAACUUAUCAGCUAGAAGUUGUUAUCUUGAUCUAUUAUCAAAUUUUCGUAAUCAAUUUACAUGGAAAUGUGUAGCAGCUAGAGGGGAGAAUCAACGAUCAGAUCAUAGGAAUUAAAGGUUAAGAGUGCUCACUCCUCUUACAAGAUUUGUUUUCUUUUUGCAGCACUCAUGGCUAUCCGAGUUUUAUUGGUAAGAGGAGUAAUCUAAAUACAUAUAAGCUACAUACGCAGUGGUAUUUGCUGUGAAAGGGAAUCAAAAAAAGACUUGGACGUGUUGAGGAUCAUGAAACUCACAUAACUUUUAAAGUUUAGCAUUAAGUUAUUGAGGUUUUUUAUAGUUUGGCGCAAACAAUCCAUGUUAUUCUUCUCUGCUCGUAGGCAAAAUAGUCUGUAGUAUUUCUCUUUUGUUACUAUAUCUUUCAGUUAGAAUGUGCGCAACGAUUGGUUAAUUUAGUGGGUCGUAUUUCACUGUACAUCCCGCUAAAUUCAAAAGUUUGUUUGAAUUGAAAUCUUCCCCUUUUAUUUGAACCCAAAGAUAUCCUAAAUAUCUUACUAACCUGGUUCUCUCGGUCCGUACCGUAAAUUACGGAACCUGGUGUUUUUUUUGCUCGGAUUUAUGGCCAGCACGCUUUUCGCUCAGGCCACAAAUAGCGCAAAUAACUCAGUCCGUAACGUACGAUACUGAUCUCGAGGUCGGUUAGUAAGAGGUAUGCAUUUCUCCAAGUGUCCUUUAUUUCGACUACAGUUCGGAAUUAUAUUGAACUACAAGAGUGUUCACCUUUACUCAACUACAGUGAUGUCUUAAUAGGCUUCGCUUUUGAAUGUGAUAAACGGUCAGCGGAAUUCGAGCGUAGACUUAGUUCCUAUUAGCCCUUUAACCGCUGAGAGUGACCAGCAUCUAAUUUCUCCCUACAAUAUCACCCCAAAAUCACACAUAAAGGUCACAAGAAAAAAAGGGAAGUGAUCACCAAUGAUCGAAGCUCUAGAUUGUUAAACAAAUUCUCCUUGUCAGCACCUUAGGAAAUAUAUUGAGAACAGUAUGGAGAAUGUGUCUCUUGAUAUUUGGGUGUAAUUUUUGGUAUUUUAUACGAUGGAGUGAUUGUUUAUCCUCGGGCCUUUUAUUAUCCGAUAAAACAUACACUGAUAUCAAUAACGCUCAUCUUGCAGGACCAUGAUGUUAAAGAGGAGAAUAUUUUGUUCUUGUCUUUGAUAACUGCUGAAUCAGGUAUGUUAACUUGUUAAAUAUAUAUAAUGUAGGUUUAAUAACCAGUGUAACUUAUUAACACUUAACUUUCUAUCUUUUCUUCAUUUUUAAACGAAAAAGGGGAAAAAGAGAUGUAACGAAAAACGGUCAUUCAAUAGAUCCGGGCAACGGAUUCUGAAAACUCUGUACAGCCUUUUGAAGCCAGGCCUGAACUGAAACAGGUAGAGAUCGUAGUUGGCCAAAUCGGAUAUGGAGUGUGUUCAAUUUUGGUCUAAUUUAGGUCUAAUUUAGUUUGUGGUUCUGAGGGACUAGAUGACACUACCGUGCCAAGAAGUUGUCAUGUGGGUACCCCACCCGGGAACGUGAAGGGCAACUUAUCUGAAGGAUGCGAGGCUUAUUCAAUGACAGCGCUUAUUCCAAAAAUUGGACGCGACAGAGAAAUGCUUCUAGAAAUUUAACGGUACAUUUUUGUUAUCGAAACGUCUACAGAAGUUAUCAAAGGUAUUUCUUAAUUUUCACGACGCUUCUCUUUCGAUACAUUUCAACUGCUUUACAUCAACAUCGAUGACACUGUCUCCUUCUUAAUCUGAGUCUACGAGCUCCAUCGUAGGGGGGUUCGCGGUUUCUUCUUCUGGGUCUGUGCAUUCGAAAGGAUUUGCAUCUAGUUCCUUCAAGAUAUUCAACUGUGUCUGAAGCACUGCAGCUUGUAAAAUAAUUAUUCAAAUAAGUGCCGUACCGACGCUGCGGCGCUGAAUAAUCUUUUUGUCUCAAAUGCGGCGCUUAUUUGUGGGAAGCGCUUGUUCGAGUAAAUUUGGUAUUUGAAAAAAUUCAGUAAAAAACAGGCGAGAGUUUACGUGCUUUAUUGGGAUGUAAUGCUCCAAUAAGGGGUAGUGUGACCAAAUGACUGGCGAAGGGUUAGGGUCGCGUGAGGUGGACGAACACAGGCUACAACGGUACUGAUGAGUCAUCUGGUUCUUCAAAAUCCAGGUACUGGAGGGCACUUACCAUAUUUGCCUUAUUUCUAUACAGAAUAGUAGCCAGGGGGGGGCAAAAGGGGACUGUUCUUGUGUCUUAGAAUAAGACGGUUAAACUGUUUUGUUGUAGGUGUCCAUACAAUAGCUUAUGCAUACCCGAAGGUCAAAAUAGUCACAGCAGCAGUGGACCCAGAAGUGAACGAUAAAUACCACGUCAUACCUGGAAUAGGUGAGUUACACUUACUGACCAAAUUGUAGAUUCUCCCUACCGUACCCAUACAUUUUCAAACAAAACUGUAUCGAGAGUACAGAUAAUGAUCAACUUGAGGGUGUUUUAAUGCCGAUACGAGACUAAAUUGUAAGGAAAUUACCAGCAGUUAAAGGAGAGGACUAAAAAUUCUGACUUUAGGAGUUUUUUAAAUUCAUCUGCACCUUAUUGGCCCCUUUGUAAAGCCAUUGAAGGUUCAUUCAGUCCAGCGCUCUAAAGGUGUUUCAAAAGCAGCCGAGCAGUGGCCAGAUCUUUCUCCUUUAUCCUUUACACAAACGUCAUACAGAAAUUCUCAUCAAAUUUGUAGUAACCCCUAGUAACAACAAAGCUAAAUUCACUGGAAUAUACAUAUAAAAAUGUAGGAAAAUGCCAUCGCAAUAGUCCAAACCUUCAAAAUUUCCUACAAGCGGUCUACCGCUGCCCAUAAGACCUCCUAUCGCCGUCUGUUGAGCCCGCGAGCAGGCUCUUGUGUUUGGCUCGACAGCUGGUUAUGGAAAAAGAUAUUGAUACCCCUGGGGAAGUCUAGACCUCCUUUGGAACAGGAGGCCCUCUACGCCUUCAAAACUACCACAUGUUAAUGAAACCACUUCCCCUAAAAUGAAUUUCUUCGAAUUCCAAAUAAUUAUUCCUUCUGGGUUUGUGUUGAGGAUCAUAAUAAGGUUUUUCAGUAGCUUUCAACUUCACUGAACAUUCAAGAAGUAUUCUGUUUUACAUUUUCUUUAGGGAAUUUUGGCGACCGUUAUUUUGGAACUGCGAACUGA